AUCGUUUAGAGGUUGUGUGAAGUGACUAAUGUGUAUGCACAUGUAAAUUUAUCGAUUUAAAUUAAAAUUAAAAUUUUAUGUGAAAAAAACUCUAUAAUAAAUAAAAUUAAUUUACUCUGAGUUUACUUUUAAAGUGACAUAAUAAAAAUGUUAUGUUCCAAGAUUGGUUUGAUGCUCAGAAAUAUUAUAAGCGAUACAAUUCAUCGAGAAACUAAAUAUAUUGGAAUCUUAACAAAAUCAUUCUCCUCAUUAGGGGAAGUAAAAAAUGUAAAGCCUAAUCCUGAUAAAUUAUAUAAAAAAAUUGAAAUUGAACUUAGAGGAAAUGAUCCUGCCGUACUAAAGAGUUAUGGCCAGUUUACUGAAUUAACUGCAAACCAUUUAGAAAUUAAUAUGCUAAGAAAUACAACGCCUAGAAAAGCUGUGCAUGAACGACUAACAGUGUUGAAAUCUGUACAUAUAUUCAAAAAACAUCGUGUACAAUAUGAAAGCAGAACUUACUAUAGAUUUAUGGAUUUUGCAAAACUAACAGGAUCUACUGCAGAUACUUUCUUAGAAUAUCUUCAACGAAAUUUACCAGAAGGUGUAGCAAUGAAAGUUACAAAGGUUGAAUUACAGAAAUUACCAGAAUCUAUACAGACAUCACCGAAUACUGUUUAAUUUUACAUAAUUAUUAAAAAUCUGUUACCAUAGUACAUACAGUAAAUUAAAUGAAAUUGGCCUUAAA